CUUUCUUCACUCUCAUACGCCGAUAGUGUUUGACUCGAAUAGUGAAGAAAAAGUGCAAAACCGUCAAACUUAAAAAACUAAUAACGUGUUUUUUUUUUAGGAAAACUUCGCAAUAAAAAGUCAAAAUAUUAUUAGGAUUAAGUAGAUUAACACCGUGGUGACGAUUUCGUCAUAAAAAUACACACACACACAGACGCCGAUUUACUCGCGGACACACCACUCAAAACUCACACACUUUGAAAAAUCGUCAUCAUCGGAUAUACAUACAAACAUAUUUAGGCCAGGGAAACGGGUCGGGGGCAACACAUACAUUUCAUAUAUACACACACACACACACACCUUCAUUUCUUGAGAUUCUAAUAUAUAUGUAGUUUAUAUUUUUUAUAAAUUGUACUAUUUGUAUUUUACCUUAAUUGCAUUGUAUUUUAUCGAACAAAAAAAAAAAACACUAAACACGAACUAAAAUCCAAAAAAAAAACCAACCGUAUACAAAAUAUGAUCAACAUCCAGACGAUAGAAAAUGUGGCGGAUUGCACGCCGCUCUAUUUGCCGCACAGCUUGUACCUCAAGCCGUUGGCCAAAAUGCAAAUAUCAGUUGCAUUGCCCGAAAAAAUCAAAACCGGCAAAUCCGUAUCAAAUCUGGAGAUAAUGGACAAACUCAGUGCCGAACUGAAACCGGACAAGUUUCUCGUGCUCAAAGUUUCCAAGAGCACCGUCAAUUAUAUACGCUUCGAGGCGGAGCUGGACGAGCGCAAGCGUUUGCGUUUGGCCGUCGAUCGCCUCGAUGGCAUCACAUUGCGUCUGUCCGGCUUUAGUGAUGCGUUCCGGGUGCGCUGCACUGAGUCAAAGGAUGAGUUUCCCACGCGCCACGAUUGGGACUCGUAUUUUCGUGAUGCUCGCAACAUGGACGAGAUGAAGGCGGGCGAGCGUCCAGACACAAUUCAUAUGACACACCUGCCCAUCCGCUGGUUCUGUCCGCGUCACUCCGAGCACGACGACCAGGUCAAGCCCAGCGAAAGCAUCUUCAAGCGCAUCUUUGAGAAAUAUGGACGGGUUCGCGCAGUCGAUAUACCCAUCUGCGAUCCGUAUCGAAAGAGUAUGCAAUCGGACAUCAGUGGCAUGCGAACGUUUAGCUUUGAACAGGAUGUGCUCUUCGAGGCCUACGUACAGUUUGAGGAGUAUUCAAGUUUUGUACGUGCCAUGGAUGAGUUUCGCAGCACGAAGCUGGUGCGUAAAUUCGUGGACAAGACGCAGGCCAUCAAUAUCAACGUGAACUUCGACAAGCAGCGACAUUUGAGCGAUUCGCACAUUCAACGACGCGAUCGCAUGCGAAAGCGCUGCGUGGCCAAGGCCCAAGCCGAGGAUGAGGAGCGCGAGCGUGAAAAGAAGAAUCUGGCCGAACAAGCGGAACGCGAAAGGCAAAAGGAAGAGCAGUUGAAAUUAGCCGAAUUGGAGAAACAACGCGAACGCGAGGAGAAACGCAAGGAGAAGCACUUGAAAAAGAUACAGGAGCGUGGCCAGGUGGAGAACUCACAGAAGAUACGGCUCGAGGAGCGCAAACUGAUGAUUGUGGAACGCAAACUCGAAAGCAUACGCAUCUUGGAGCAGGUCUUCGAGCGGAUACAGCUCAAGCAAAAGGAAAAGUCGCAACGUGUCAAGCAUGAUGAGGCAAAGGAUUUGCAGCGCAAGCGUCUGGUGGAGAAGUACAAAACUGCCACAGAGAAGCUGGUCUGUGAUCAGCGUAAGAUUGUGCAUGAAAUCAAAACGAAUACACCGCUCAUGGGUCUGCUCAAGAGCAAGAGCACAAAGAGCACCGGCGCUGGAGCCGGUGCAGCAGCGAGCAGCGAGGACGAGGACAACUCAAUGUCGGGCAGAAGGAAGCAUAAGCUGAAUGGCAACAUCGCCGAUGCAAACGCAAAUCCAGCCACAGCUGCGCAGGCUGCCCUCAAUCCGUUCAAGGCUGUGACGGCCGCUCUGGCAGCUGGCGCCGUACCAGGCACAGCAGCUGCGUACAGCGCUGAGGCGGCCAACGAAUGGAUGCAAUCUCUGUCCAUGUUUGGCUACGGUAUGGCGCCAGUUUUUCCCGGUGCGGCACUCUACCGGCCGGCCGGACCACCUCCAUUUGCCGUCUCAAGCAAUUAUCGCGGAUAUGCGCCGCGUCCACGCGGACGCGGACGUGGCAGGGGCAUGCGGGGCAGUCGCAUUGGCUACGAUGGCCACUCCUCCUCCUACUACAAUCCGAAGCACUACGACAACGGUCGCUACGACGACGAUGAAGGCAACGAUGGCUACUAUCACAAGUCAUCACGCGGCAGAAAUCGUUCACGCUCCAGCUCCUAUUCUCGCAGUCGCAGUCGAUCGCGUGGUCGUCGUCUCAUUUGUCGUUCCAGGCGCUCGCAUUCGCGCAGUCGCAGCCGUAGUCGUUCCAACUACCGCAAAUCGUCCUACUCAUCUCGUUCCAGACGCAGCCACAGCCGCUCGCAUUCGCGAAAUCGCAGUAAAUCGCCGGUGCAGCGCAAGAAUCGCAAAUUGGCCUCGACGCGUCGCUCACGCUCCUCCAGCAGCUAUUCCCGUUCCCGUUCCCGCUCCCGCACACACUCGAAUUCACGGCGAGGAGGUGAGCGGCGUAGUCGCAGUCGCAGUGCUAGACACAAUCGUAGUCGGAGUCGGAGCCGCAGUCGCAGCAAUUCAUCGAAACGUGUUGUUCUCGAGGCUGAUAAAUUGGUGGCAUCCGCUGAGCAAAUCCAGCGCACCAUUGAACAGCACACCAAGGAUCGGAUGCGGGAGGAGGUGCGCGAAAUCAAGCAGACGUUUCGACAUCAGCGCAAGCCGGACAACCAUCUCGCUGCGAAUGACAGCCAACUGGAGGUGGAUAGCAGGCAGGGGAUGUUGUCCAGUGAUGGCAAGGCGAGCGAUGCAAAUGAUAAUGGGGAUGAUGAAAGACGUGGCAGCAGCAGCAGCAAGCGGAGCAGUCGCCGCAAUUCGCUAGCCGCCUAGUAUUAGAAUUAAUUCACCUAAUUUAACGUUUCACAAAUGACACAAUUCAAAAUUAAACACCGAGUUAACAAAAACGCAAUAAUAAUAAUAAUAAUUGCAGCACGCUAUUGUUCAUAGCUGUUACGCAAUGCAUGUGCAACUGUUAAAAUGCCGAGCAGCUUAAAGGCAAUUUCACUUCGAGCGCAUUGGAACAGAUUUUGCCAAUUGGGAGUUUCAAAUAUGCGUUCGAUAUAAUGAGGCGGCGUGCCAAUUGCUGCCCUUGCCUGCUGCUAGUUAUCGAAUCUAUUAAUUAUCGCAUCGAUUAGCUGUUAUCGUCGAUAAGUACAAGGAACUGCAGUUACA